AUGGCAGCAGCGAAUACUUGUAUGGCUACUUACAACUCUGUUGUUGAGUUAGAAUACGUAGAGAAUAGGAUUUGGUAACUUUGGUUAUUUUCUGUCCUAUAUUAAUAGCUAAAAAUUGUGCUCUACUUCUAACCUUGUCGGAAGUAGUGCUGACGCUGCAAAAUGUCGAGUCGAGAACUUUGGAAGUUUAUCUGCGACAAGCACUGGCGAUGAAGGCUGCCUGGAUGCGGCACCUUCGCGUUUGGUUCGCAUGGACCACGAGACAAUUGCAUGGGCCGAUAAAGGAAGUAUCCGUGUAGUGAAGAUUAAGGCAACUACGGUUUUCUUAAGCUACUUUCUGAAUCUGCUUCUCUUAACUAGACAACUUUGCUUUUUAUCCAGGUAGUUUAAAGAUUCACUCUCUCGUCUACGAAUGCUUUGCAACAAGAGUUGUAGGAAUCAGGAUGAUAUCUAAAGCAUAGAUGGCUUUAUCUAAAGAAAAUGGUACCAGAACGAGCACGGAAGCAGCGUUUGGAACCAUAUCGAGCUUGGAAAAGAUCGGGCAAGGACAAGUCUUAGCGGUGGUAAAAAGUCUACAGGAUCCAUUAUCAAAGAAUAAUCUCAUUAGGGAUAAGGCCUAAGCCCAUCUUUCUUGUUCAUCAAAAUUUCAGACAGCAGAGAGUCGUUUGGGGAUAUUUUCAACGGCAGAGAUGGAAUGGGUUGACGCCCCAUGCUUUUUUCCGGAGGACGAGAUUAAGGGAGCAUACCUUGGCACAAGUGGAGACGUGAAGCCUCGCCUUGUUGUUUUAAGGCUGGCAAGCUGUUAGAAGUAGGGAGAGUAGGUCUAGUUUUGUAUCUAAGGAAAGGAAUCCAGAAUAAGAAUUUGAAUUUGUACUAUGAUGAGAAGAAUACGGCGAAUGAGCACUAGAAGCAAAAAAAAAGUUUCUGGACUAGAGUGCACUUUCAGUCCCAGUAAAAAAGUUGAACAUAACCUGUAGAACGCUCUAAUUCAUGUGUUGCAGUCGAAGUUGCCAAGGUCAGCCAUUACUCACCGUGUUGUCGAGGUGGACAUGAGUUCCUGUCAGAUCACAUGGCAACUUCCUAAAGGCAUACUGCAACCCAAUGACCAGGUGCGCCACAUGGAAAAUGCGGGGCAAAACCGUUGGGCUAUUUUUCUCGCAGAUGGCGCGGUCUUGUUUUUUGAUGCCAGAAAACAAGCUGGCUUAGCCUUCACAGAAGACGUUUUGGCAAGAAAGGAUGGAGUAGCUUAUGAAUGGUUUUUUUAGGAGAGAUAGAGAAAACAAGUAGAAUGACACACUAGGUUUGAGAAGCAUCUUUACGCUUUUAGAUUUACCUUGUGAAUUUACCCUGAUUGUGAAAAUUAAUUUGGUUGCGUUUCCUCCUCUACCUCAACUUUUGAAGUCGUCUCCUCCCCUUCUCUAAAUCAUACCACUCGGACGAAUACGGAAAGUGCAGACCCUAACUGCUCAUAGUUCUUCUGGAAAGGGCUCUCUGGAUGGUUAUUUCAUUCUGCUAGACAACGAGGAAGGAGGCAACAGCACUCUCAAAUACGUCUCGCUUUCACAGGCGGCAGGAGGUACUGAUAAGUUUCUCUGGAGGUGCUCGUGCUGUCGAGGAACCAGACUACUUCUUACCCCCUCCUCUCUUUCUGAAGUACUUGACAUCAAAGACAUAGACAUGGAAGUCAAGAAACAAUUCUAAAAAAAUCCUUAUUCUACUUCUACCACAAUGCUACAACAAUACGACAGCGAGUCUGGCAAUCGAACAUGUGGCGAAGGAUAGUAAUGAACUAUCCCUCUACCUUAUAUCCUGGCUGGAGACCACGCCGCGAUGGCUAGUUGGCCUGGUCAUGUUUGUGCUUGUCUUCUACUGGAAUUUGAAGUUAUGGCCGACUAAGCAACAGAAGUAUUGUGUUACAGCUCAAAAAGAGCUGCACUUGUCUAGAGUAUACAACUCGAGUCAUCAUUAUCUAUGAUAGUCUUCAACUUGCCGAAUAGAUUCGCAUCGUUAUCUGUUCAAAUCCUAUUCUAAUAGUUGAAAUGAUAUUCUAAUAGCUACUAGACCUUAACGGCGGCGCAAAGAGCGCCGCCGGUCUAGAAUUUUGGCGGCGCAGAGAGCGCCGAGACCAACUAAUGGGUUAUUUAGGCCGACGCUAACUAACUGUGUUCUAGGUUAUGUUUUCGUGCAAUUGCCUUGAUAAGAAUCUGUUGAAAUCCUAACCUAACCUAGCUAGGAGUGAAAACUAGGAACCCAAAAACUUAGAUAUUAAGACUCAUGUGGAACUUUUCUGACUAUCUAAGGUUUACCCGCGCAUAUUAAGAUAGUAUACCAACCACAUCAUUCGUCUUCUAAGAUAUAAGGUGCAUAGGAAACGGGAGUCCCGACAAGAGGACCCCAACGAAUUAGCGGAGAGGAUUCGAAAGUUGCGGGAGUCAGGUCGCGUGAAAUUCAAAAACGAAGACAGCCCAGCAGCGAACACCGCUGAGUGAAUUUUUACGAGCGCAGAGGUUGAUCUUGUAGUUUUUGAUAUGAGGGAAAUACGAGAGAACAGAUGACGAAAGGGUACUAUGAUUUUUGAAAGUUUGAUCAUGAUCUAUGGAUGAUCACAUCUGUUACACCUACUGCGAAUUUUCAAAGCGGAGUGGGGAAGUGCGUUAAG